CCAACGCUCAUCUUGCUUCGCCAUUUUAACUUUACAUCCCGCAUCAUCAUUUUCUCCCCAACUCUUUCAGUGUAAAACUAACCCCUCGCACCGCUAGCAUUUUCGACGCAAUGAUGCCAACUUGGUCAGCGCAGCAAGCGCCGAGCGUGACCCAGCAAACCGUACCGGCAUCUUACGCCUAUCCGACGAAUCCUGCCUUCAUCCCCGUUGCCGUCCGUCAAGGGUUCAAUCAGUACGGAGUGCCGCCUCCUUAUGCCGGAUACGCACCUCCGCCACCCCCUGUGCAACCCCAAAUGUCUUCUGCUUCGCCCGUGAAUGGUGUAACUGCUACGCCAGAGCAGGCCAAGUCUAAAGUAGACUGGCCUGAAUCUGUCCGGAGCUAUGUUCAACGAUCUUUCCUCCCCCAAUACGACGAACCGACCGUGCCUCGUGCGGAAAUCGAGGCUAAGCUUAAGGACACCAUCGGUACUGCAAAGGCAAACGGCACGCUAUACACGCUCGACUGGGACAACAUGCCUCUUCCCCAGGCCUUGGUGAAAGCUGAACGUGACGCAAGUACCAAGCAAAGUUUCCAAGUGCCCCUCAACUCCAAGAAGAGGAAAUCUACCGAUUUUGCCUGUAAUGACAACUCCCAACCGCCGUGGCGUACUAACUCGCGAUCUUCGCUCGAAGACCGUAUUUCCUUUUCUUCCCCCGAAAAGCGUGCUUCUAUGGACGAGCCCCUACCUAAAUCAAGUAAGUUCCAAAAGGAAGCCAACAAACGCAAACGCCGCUUCGAAAACGAAUACAAAUCACUUCGAUCACCCAGUCCACCCCCGCCUUCAUCUGGACCAAUCGUCGGCACAUGUGAGGUGCUGGAGAAGAAGUACCUUCGUCUCACCGCGCCUCCAGUUCCAUCUAAAGUCCGACCUGAAAGUAUUUUGCGUCAGACACUAGAUCUUCUGAAGAAGAAGUGGAAGCGGGAGAGCAACUACUCGUACAUUUGUGACCAGUUCAAGUCCAUGAGACAAGAUUUGACUGUGCAACAUAUCAAGAACGACUUUACUGUUUCUGUUUAUGAAAUACAUGCGCGCAUUGCCUUAGAAAAGGGGGAUAUUGAUCUAACCACAGCAGAAAAGGAGGAGAAGGCGAUCAAGCAUGCACUGAAUGUGCGAUCAUCUUUGGCGCUGGGAAACUAUCACAGGUUCUUCCAGCUCUACUUGGAUACCCCUAACAUGGGCGCCUAUCUGAUGGAUAUGUUUGUCGUUCGGGAACGGCUUGCUGCAUUGUGCAAUAUUUGCAAAGCAUACAAGCCGGAUGUCAAGCUUCGCUUCAUUACUGAAGAACUCGGUUUCGAGUCUGAUGCUGAUGCGGCCCAGUUUGUCAUCGAUCAUCAAGGUCAACACUUGUUGGAAGACCGAACAGACUACAUUGCGUUCCUGACUGGUAAAGCCGGUCCUCUCUUCGAGGCUGCGCGUAGUACAGCAUUCCAAAAAGUUGAUAUCAAGGGCCAGAUCUAAGCCUUGCUCGCAUCUUGGGGUUUCUUUUUCUUUUUCUUUUCUUUCUCAUUGCGACUUCCUUCAACGUCUCAUCGAUUGAGAUUUUUCUGUCGUUAUGCUCAUCGACGAAACAUGAUGAUGCUUUCACUCUGGUGAUAUGUCAUUCAUGUAGACACGACCUCGGCGUUUUAUACCCUGUUUCUGCUUAGGUGGCACCGGUAUUUCGUGCCAUUAUACUCUGCACCAACCUGGGUACAGCAUGAUCAUAGGCCAUCUGUGCCGCUAUACCUCGGGAUUCACACAUUAACCAUAGCCUCGAUACCAGCACCCAGCCUAACAACUGAGGCGACACGUUUGAUGUACGGUGCAUUACAAAAUUGGAUGGAUGGGAUGAACUCUAGAUACAACAGAUUUGUUUGGGUUGCAGCCGGGUAGUAACAUUUGACUAGCUUGCUCUUUCUUGUCUUGUUGAGGCCAGUGGAUUGAAGGCUUUGCUGAGCUUUGGCAGCCGUUGUCCGUUGAGCCAGGUCUUUGUACACCCGCCUCAACAGGUACGAAAGUAGUUGUAAUGCUAGGGAGUUAUACGGAGUUUCUGGUCGGUAGUUUUUAAGUAACCAGCAAUUGAUAUUAUUUCCAAACGUCAACUGU